CUCUCCACCUCUCUCCUCUUUCUCUCUCGCUCCCUUCCUCUCUGCAACUGAACAGUGAAAAUUCACAUUGUGGAUCCGCUAACAGGCACAGAUGUCAUGUGAAAACGCACAUGCUCUGCCAUCCAUGCCGCCUUUCUUUCUUUUCUGUUUCCUUUUUUCCCCCCUUGAUAAUUCUCCCUCUUCUUUGUAACUAACAAAACCACCACCAACUCCUCCUCCUGCCGCUGCCCUCCUCCUCCUCCUCAGUCUAAGUGAUCACAAAAGAAAUCUCCGAGCCCGAGGCGGUGGCAUUAUUUUUUAAGCAAGCACAUUGGAGAGAAAGAAAAAAAGAAACAAACAAACAAACAAAAGCAAAACAAAACCCAGGCACCAGCCAGCUAGGACAUUUUUUUUUCCACUCUGCCUGAAAACAAACAAACAGCCAUCAGAAACAGUCAUCAGCAACAGCAUCAAAACUGUUAGCUUAGCGGCGGCGGCCACCGUCACCCUGUGGCCACGACAUCUGCCUAAAGGGAUGCUUCUCUCAGCGGAGCAGCUCUUCGCCGACCGCCUUCUUCCCUCGUGCUGAGCGGGAUUUUUGGGUUCUCUGGGGUUCGGGCUGGGAGCUUCAUGACUACACGGAGCAGGACAGCGGCCACAUCAUGCGAGCACAAAUUGAAGUGAUACCAUGCAAAAUUUGUGGCGAUAAAUCCUCCGGGAUCCACUACGGAGUCAUCACGUGUGAAGGCUGCAAGGGAUUCUUCAGGAGGAGCCAGCAGAACAAUGCCUCUUACUCCUGCCCAAGGCAGAGAAACUGUUUAAUUGACAGAACCAACAGGAACCGUUGCCAACACUGCCGCCUGCAGAAGUGUCUUGCCCUAGGAAUGUCAAGAGAUGCUGUAAAGUUCGGGAGGAUGUCCAAGAAGCAGCGAGACAGCCUGUAUGCUGAGGUGCAGAAGCAUCAGCAAAGGCUGCAGGAGCAGCGGCAGCAGCAGAGUGGGGAGGCGGAGGCCCUCGCCAGGGUGUACAGCAGCAGCAUUAGCAAUGGCCUCAGCAACCUGAACACCGAGACCGGCGGCACAUACGCUAAUGGGCACGUCAUUGACCUGCCCAAGUCCGAAGGUUAUUACAGCAUAGAUUCCGGUCAACCGUCUCCCGAUCAGUCAGGACUGGACAUGACUGGAAUCAAACAGAUAAAGCAAGAACCUAUCUAUGACCUCACAUCCGUUCCCAACUUGUUUACCUAUAGCUCUUUCAACAACGGGCAGUUAGCUCCCGGGAUAACAAUGUCUGAAAUCGAUCGAAUUGCACAGAACAUCAUUAAGUCCCAUUUGGAGACAUGUCAGUACACAAUGGAAGAGCUCCAUCAGCUGGCAUGGCAGACCCACACCUACGAGGAAAUCAAGGCGUAUCAAAGCAAGUCCAGGGAGGCUCUGUGGCAGCAGUGUGCUAUCCAGAUCACCCAUGCCAUCCAGUACGUGGUAGAGUUCGCCAAGCGGAUAACAGGCUUCAUGGAGCUGUGUCAGAACGAUCAGAUCUUACUUCUGAAGUCAGGUUGCUUGGAAGUGGUUUUAGUGAGAAUGUGUCGUGCCUUCAACCCAUUAAACAACACAGUUCUGUUUGAAGGAAAAUAUGGAGGAAUGCAAAUGUUCAAAGCCUUAGGUUCGGAUGACCUAGUGAAUGAAGCGUUUGACUUUGCGAAGAAUCUGUGUUCCUUGCAGCUGACUGAGGAGGAGAUCGCUCUCUUCUCCUCUGCUGUUCUGAUAUCCCCAGACCGAGCCUGGCUGAUCGAACCAAGAAAAGUCCAGAAGCUUCAGGAAAAAAUUUAUUUUGCACUUCAACAUGUGAUUCAGAAGAAUCACCUGGAUGAUGAGACCCUGGCAAAGUUAAUAGCCAAGAUACCAACGAUCACGGCAGUCUGCAACUUGCAUGGGGAGAAGCUGCAGGUAUUUAAGCAGUCUCAUCCAGACAUUGUGAAUACACUGUUUCCUCCAUUGUACAAGGAGCUCUUUAAUCCUGACUGUGCUGCGGUCUGCAAAUGAAGGGGACGAGAACUCUCAGAGUCAUGGAAUGCAUCGCCGUUAAGACAAAAGCAAUGUGUUCAUGGGGACUUAAGGAAAAUGUCACUACUGCAACAUUAGGAAUGUCCUGCACUUAAUAGAAAUAUUUUUCACCGCUACAGUUUGAAGAAUGUAAAUAUGCACCUGAGUGGGGCUCUUUUGUUUGUUCGUUUGUUGUUUGUUUGUUUUUGAAAUGAUCAUAAAUAUACAAAUAUAGGACA